GCUACCCCACCUCCUAGCUUCUCUCUCUUUACCCCUCUCUUGUCUUUGCCCUGAUAGUCAUUCUCUUAAAAAAAAAAAACUAGUUGCUGUGCGUGCGUAGUUUGUAAGCUGCCUCAAAGUCAUUUUAGAAGGAAGCUGUUGUAAAUAAAGUAGACGUAAAAGCCUGGGCAUUAGUUGAGGAAAGCUUCACAAAAAUUUCACGGGAGUUGGGCCUUAGGGCUCGAAAUGAGCCCUUGGUGGACCUUGGGGAAAAGGAUUCCAGCCAGAGGAAGCCCCCUGAACAGAGGCAGGAGAAGACAGCAGGUUCAAGAGCAUGAAGGAUAGCUAACGGCCAGGAGAAAUAUAGUGGAAAAUGCAAAACAACGAAAUUAUAAAACCUGCCAAAUACUUCUCAGAAUUGGAAAAGAGCAUCCUGCUGGCUUUAGUAGAAAAGUACAAGUAUGUGCUGGAAUGUAAGAAAAGUGAUGCCAGGACUAUCGCCCUCAAGCAGCGUACCUGGCAGGCGCUCGCCCACGAGUACAACUCUCAGCCCAGCGUGUCUCUGCGGGACUUCAAGCAGCUGAAGAAGUGCUGGGAGAACAUCAAGGCUCGGACCAAAAAAAUUAUGGCCCAUGAAAGGAGAGAGAAAGUGAAGCGGAGCGUCAGUCCACUUCUGAGUACCCACGUUUUGGGCAAGGAGAAGAUCGCCACCAUGCUGCCCGAGCAGCUCUACUUCCUGCAGAGCCCCCCGGAGGAAGAGCCGGAGUACCACCCGGAGGCGGCAGCCCAAGAAUUAAAUGUGAGAGAGUCUGAUGUAAGAGUUUGUGAUGAGUCAUCGUGUAAAUAUGGAGGAGUCUGCAAAGAAGAUGGAGAUGGUUUGAAAUGUGCAUGUCAGUUUCAGUGCCAUACAAAUUACAUUCCUGUCUGUGGAUCAAAUGGGGACACUUACCAGAAUGAAUGCUUUCUCAGAAGGGCUGCUUGUAAGCACCAGAAAGAGAUAACAGUGGUGGCAAGAGGGCCGUGCUACUCCGAUAAUGGUUCUGGUUCUGGAGAAGGAGAAGAGGAAGGGUCAGGGGCAGAAGUUCACAGAAAACACUCCAAGUGUGGACCUUGCAAAUAUAAAGCUGAGUGUGACGAAGACGCAGAAAAUGUUGGGUGUGUAUGUAAUAUAGAUUGCAGUGGAUACAGUUUUAAUCCUGUGUGUGCUUCUGAUGGGAGUUCCUAUAACAAUCCUUGUUUUGUUCGAGAAGCAUCUUGUAUAAAGCAAGAACAAAUUGAUAUAAGGCAUCUUGGUCAUUGCACAGACACAGAUGACGCUAGUUUGUUGGGAAAGAAAGAUGAUGGACUACAAUAUCGACCAGAUGUGAAAGAUGCUAGUGAUCAAAGAGAAGAUGUUUAUAUUGGAAACCACAUGCCUUGCCCUGAAAACCUCAAUGGUUACUGCAUCCAUGGAAAAUGUGAAUUCAUUUAUUCCACUCAGAAGGCUUCUUGUAGAUGUGAAUCUGGUUACACUGGACAGCACUGUGAAAAGACAGACUUUAGUAUUCUCUAUGUAGUGCCAAGUAGGCAAAAGCUCACCCAUGUUCUCAUUGCAGCCAUUAUCGGAGCUGUGCAGAUUGCCAUCAUAGUAGCAAUUGUCAUGUGCAUAACAAGAAAAUGCCCUAAAAACAACAGAGGACGACGACAGAAGCAAAACCUAGGUCAUUUUACUUCAGAUACGUCAUCCAGAAUGGUUUAAGAUGAUAACUUUUAUAUGUACACUGACCAUGUGAUGUACAUUUAUUAUGUCUUUUUUUAAAGAAUGGAAAUAUUUAUUUCAGAGGCCUUAUUUUUGGACAUUUUUAGUGCAGUACUGUUGGCUCGUAUUUAGAAUAUUCAGCUACAACAGUUUUGGACUGUUUAGUAGUCUUUGUUUUAUGUUUUUAAAUACAGAAAUUGAUUUCACAAAUUUGUACCACAUGGUAAUUCUAAGACUUGUUCUUUACCCAUGGAAUGUAAUAUUUUUGCAAAGAUGGACCACUUCACAAAUGGUUAUAAAGUCAUACCCCCUUCUUCCACAAUGACCACAGCAAAUGACCAAGCAUGAACUAAAGGUAAAGAUGUUUACAGAUUACUUUUCUUACAAAAAAAAAAAUCUAGAAGACACUGUGUUUAAAUAGACAUUUAAAUGUUUUUGAGAUUUAGAAACUGAUUUUUUAGACACUGCCUAUCGCAUGAACUAUAAAGCUGUGUGUGUUAGAUGUAAAAUAUAAGAUGUAUGGACUGGAAUUUGGUUAUUCCUCUCUUUGAAAAAAUAAUUCUGAUAAUUUGGGAAAGUAUCUGGUAGCAAUGAUGGAGCCGAUCACUGAAAGGUAGAUUUAGGUAUUGUGAGAAUAGUCUGUUUAACAAACAGAUUGGAAUAAAGCCUACUCUCUCAGUUAAACUACUUUAAUACACAUUCAUUUUUAAAGAAAAUAUUUGUUUUAACAUAAAUAAACAAAUUGUAUCAGUGUUUGUGAAUAAAAUGCAAAAAUGAUUGUUAAUGAUUGGUGCUCUUAAAGUGAGCUUAAAAAUUAUCUAAGAACUCUACCCAAAUUUGUCCUGUAGUCAUAGCUAUAUUAAUAGAUUGUUGGUGUUUAAGGAUCUGAAGUGUGAGUAGAAUGUAUUCAGCUGUUUUAACAUGUUUAGAUAUUCAGAAGUAUGCAUGUAGAAUUUAAGAAUAUGUUCAAAAUUAAAUAUUAAUUUUAAUAUUUGGUUUGGAAAAGCAUGUUAUAAUAUAAUGUUUUCACUAUA